CCCUGCGAUGGCUUCCCGCCUCUCCCCGAAGGCGCGCGCGCCCAAUGGCGGCCAUGUCCCCCCCCCCCCCAAGGGCCCCCCCGGCCAUGCCGCCCAUGUCCCUGCUGCUGCAACUACUCACUGGGCCGGCCGGGCAGCCAGCCAGUCAGGCAGAACCGCUGCGAGGACUGCGCUGUGUGUGUACAUACUGCGAGUACAGUACGUACUGUACAGUACAGCCAGCGAGCGCUAUGCAGUCCAGACAGACAGGGUGCGGUGCAGUGCGGAGUCGAUAGACGGACGGUGCAUGUCUGUUGCAGCUUCGUUCGUGCUUGCUUGGAAUCGCCAUUUCUUCCCCUUCUCUCCCUUCUCUCCCCUCUCUCCUCUUGCUUUGGUUUUGCUUGUGCUACCAUCGCCGUCCGAACCACGCACUUCGGAACAAACCACCUCCACUCCUUUCUGCUUCUGCCCACCCAUCCUGCCAUCCUGCCAUCCUGCCAUCCUGCCAUCCUGCCAUCCUGCUAUCCCUCUGCAGUCGUCUACCCGCUCCGGCAAACCACGUCGUCUACAUAUAUAUACAUAUCGGUACUUGCGCCCUGUACUUUGCGGAACGUCGACCGGUGGGCAUGAUCACGAACCAUCACCAACCCGUUUGCCACCCCCGCCAGCGCAGCGACCGCCUCGACAUCCAUUCAUAUACACAAACCACCGUAGAGACUUGAUAUCGAUCCAUCCCUCCCCAGAGAAACACCACCAUGAGCGACAACAGCGUCCGCCUGCCUGGCCUCGCGGAGCUGCUUUCGUCGGCGCCCUCCCCAGCCCUCACUACCGCUACCACCACCACCACCUCGCCUCACCAUCAGUACCGCCCCUACGACCCUUGGGCACCCUUCUCCGCGAUGCCAGCCAGGACCGGUACCGAAGAGACAUGCACGCCGUCGACUGCUUCGUGGAAAGCUGCUGAUUCCAGUCCCCGCUUAGCGCCCUCGCCGCCACAGAGCAGCACCCGUCCGUCAUUCUCGCACCAGCCUCAACCUCUUCUUCCACCUCAUCAGCAUCACCAAGUCUCUUCUCCCGCUCAACACCAGAUUGCGACAUCCCCGGCCCACCACCCCUUCGCUGCGCAGCCGCCGCUCGAAUCUCCGCGGCACCUCAACCUGCUGCCGUCCCCUGCGCCGCCGCAAUCGCAGGCGCAAUCACGCACUAGCGGCCACUCGUACGCGGAUCCGAAGGCCCCCACCCACGCACCAAUCACCGCCCGCCAAGACUCGGCAGUUCCCGAGCCUCAGGUUUCGACAUCUCAACCUCCUCAACAAUCUAAACCGUUGCAAGCCUUUGCCUAUCCCGCUGCGACACCUCGCUUCCUCCAUGAUGCCCGCCCUUACGAUGCAGCAGCCCACCUGUCCAGGCUACCAUCGCCCGCCCCUUCCCCGGAAAAUGUCGUCUCGCCCCUCUCUACUUACACAUAUCAACGUCGUAAAACGACGCCCCCGCCCACCAUAAAGGAUCCUGUCCCCCACCGAAGACGCUCCUCCUCUGUCCCCAAGCCCGGCUUCUCUCUCCUCAACAAACUGCCCGCCAACCAUCCUGUUGUGACAUCCAGUAGCUUGCUGCAACACGCCAACAUGCCUCCUCCUGACCAAGUACAGCAGCACCUACGGGCCAACCAUUUGGCUUCUGCCCUGCAACCCUCGGCAGAGAUUAAAAAUUCUUCCGACGAGUUCAGCCAGCACAAAUGCUCAUAUUGCGGCGAUGUCUGGGAUGUCGACAUUUCCAUUUCCAGUGCCCUCAACUUGGAGCAUACAAAGCCCUAUACCUCAUCUCACGACAUGCAUAAUUUCACAGACUCCACUCUGAAUCAACUGCACGAAACCGUCAUUGCCCUAAAUGAGAAGCACCGCCGAUGGAGAAGCCAGCACGUCUUCAGGUCCAUUGACAGCGAUGGAUCCCUGCCCUGUCUUGCAGCUCGAGCAGCCGCAGUGGCAAAGAGCAACAAGCGCAAGGCAGAAGCUCCAUCUGACGAUGGCAUUUUUCACUCUAAGCUGAGGCGGCUCUCUGUGGAUUCGCCAAAAGCAUCACAGCUUACACCGCCCCCUGAGCCAGGCUCGAGUUCCCACCAGCCUAGAGCAUCGCACAGAUACGUAUCAGAGCCGGAGUCCAUCACCAUAGCAGACAUCUUGAGCCAUCCAUCUAUGCGGCCGUACUAUGAACCUCCACCGCAUGAUGCUCGCCGUAGCCCCCACCUUGCAAAACAGGAUGAAACCGGGUCGCCAGCGCCCAAGACGCCAGAACGAUGA